AGGGAUCCUUGGCUUCAGGCGUCGCCGGGGCAACGGGAGGACACUGUUUGCAUUUCCCUGCAGCCCGACUCUCCUCCGCUCACGGGCCAGGAAUGUUGCCCGUAGCAACGGGAAGACGCACAUAGGUUUUGUGGCAGGCCGAGCAUCCUAUAGGCCUCUGUAGGAGCCCCAGGGGCUUUCUUGGUGGGGAACCCCUCUUGGGGAAGUUUGUUGGGUGUGUGUGCAUGUGUCAGGGGUCAGGCCCAACACCCAAAAAGAGCCAUGUCUCACCCUGGUGUGUUGCUGACCAAGGAACCGGCUCCGCAGACCAUCCCGGUCUCCGAGCUGCCAAUGAAAGUCUACGAGGCAGCCCUGAACACCGGUCCUGACAGCUCCUGCGGCUUGGCCACAGCCGGCUUCCGGGCAGCGAAAUACCUGCCGGAGGAAUGGCACCAGCACAACUACGCGAAGUACCACGAGGCCUUCGCCGACCGUGACCACUCCGAGCGGGUCCGCCACGAGUCCCAGAACGUGGCGGCCUACACGGCUGAGCUGGCUCGGCGCACCCAAGACGACUCGACGGCCAAGGUGGGCGAGCGCCUCCAGGACAUCCACUUCUGGAAAUCGGAGCUCCAAAGGGAGAUCGAGGACCUGGUGGCCGAGACGGACCUGCUGGCGGCCCAGAAGCUGCGGCUGGAGCGGGCCCUCGACGCCUCCGAGGUGCCGUACAGCAUUGCCACGGACAACCUGCAGUGUCGCGAACGCAGGCAGCCUCCGGACCUGGUGCGGGACCAGGUGGAGGUAGAGUUGCUCAAGGAGGCUGAACUCGUCCGAAACAUUCAAGAGCUCCUGAAAAGAACUUUGAAGCAAGCUGUGAACCAGAUGCAGUUAAAUCGCGACCACAAGCAGAUUUGCGAGAUGGAUUGGUCGGACAAACUCGAAACCUACAACAUCGACGAGAAGUGUGGCAGAUACAACAACCAGAGCACCAACAUCCAGUUCCAUCCCAGCUCGUCCAAGUUUGAGGAAAGUGCUUCGACGCCAGAGACUUGGGCGAAGCACAGCCAUGACAACAUCUAUCGGGCGCAGCGAGAGAAGCUGGCCUCCAUCAACCUCCGCGCCCUGAUCGACAACAUCCUCCACGACACGGUGGAGGACCUGCGUAUGCAGUGCGACGCGGUGAACCAGGCUUUCGCCAAACGCUGCGAGGAGAUGGAGGACGCCAAACACAAGCUGGAGCAUCACUUGCAGAAAGCCCUGAAGGAGAUUGGGGACCAAGAGAACAACAUUGCCUCCCUCAAGCAAGCGAUUAAAGACAAAGAGACCCCACUCAAAGUUGCUCAGACGAGACUUUACGACCGAUCUUUCAGGCCCAACGUGGACCUCUGUAGAGAUGCUGCUCAGUUCAGGCUUAUUAGUGAAGUGGAAGAGCUGACCGAAUCCAUUGAGGCCCUCAAGAAGAAGCUUCUGGAGUCCGAGCAGGCCUUGAGGAAUCUGGAAGACACCCGGAUGAACUUGGAAAAAGAGAUUGCAGUGAAGGCCAACAGUAUCUUCAUUGACAGGAAGAAAUGCAUGGCCCACCGUGCCCGGUACCCGACCGUUCUUAAACUGGCCGGCUAUCAAUAAGAACCUUGUCUUGCUGCUUAGAAGCCCAUGAACAGGGAAUGUAAGUCUUUGAACACUCAGCGUGGUUCGGCUGAUGAAAAAAGGUAGUUACUGAAUAGGAUGGUAAGCUUGUCUCUCUCUCUCUCCCCCUCUCCCUGCCUUGGUCCUUUGGUUUGGGUGGAAAUAAAAUUCAGAAAUGUUG